AUGGCUCCGGCCCCUCCCCCUCACCAGCCUACGGGUAAUCCUCAGAGUCAUCUCCAACUUUCACCCCACAAGCUUUCUUCCAUUUCUUCUGCUUCCAACAAUUAUUCUACGCCGAUUUCUCGUCUGACGCAAUUAUCAUCGCACAUCAUGGAUUCGACGAAAACAGCUGGCAUCUUUACUGCCGCCAAUGUGCCCCAGGCCCCCGAAGACCCCUUGUUUGGUCUUAUGGCUGCGUAUCGCAAGGACCCCUCCGAGAAAAAAGUAGAUUUGGGUAUUGGAGCCUAUCGAGACGAUAACGCGAAGCCGUGGAUUUUGCCUGUCGUCAGGAAGGCAGACGACAUUCUCAAAAGCGACCCAGAGCUCAACCAUGAAUACCUCCCCAUCGCAGGGUUGCCACAGUAUACCAGCGCAGCUCAGAAAUUGAUUCUUGGUGCGGACAGUCCUGCUAUUAAAGAGAACCGAGUAACAUCCUUCCAAACCAUCUCCGGCACCGGCGCUGUCCAUCUCGGUGCCCUCUUCCUCUCUAAAUUCUAUCCUCAACAACCCCGUCCUACCGUCUACCUGAGCGAUCCCACAUGGGCAAACCACAACCAAAUCUUCACCAACGUCGGCUUGUCGAUUGCGAAAUACCCCUACUUCUCGCGCGAGACCAAGGGUCUCGAUAUCGAGGGGAUGCUGUCCUGUCUACAGGCCGCAGCACCUGGAUCCAUCAUCGUCCUGCACGCAUGCGCCCAUAACCCUACAGGCGUUGAUCCCACCCCCGAACAAUGGAAACAAAUCGCCCAAGUGAUUCGCGCCAAGGGACACUUCCCAUUCUUCGACUGCGCGUACCAAGGCUUUGCGUCCGGUGAUCUCGCGCGAGACGCAUGGGCAAUUCGGUAUUUCGUCGAACAGGGCUUCGAGACGUGCGUUGCUCAAUCCUUCGCAAAGAAUUUUGGUCUGUAUGGUGAACGUGCCGGCACGUUCCACUUCAUCUCUGCCCCCGGCCAGGCAAACAGCACCCCCCACAUCGCCAGUCAACUCGCCAUCUUGCAACGAUCCGAAAUCUCGAAUCCCCCGGCCUACGGCUCGAGAAUCGCAAGCAUCAUCCUGAACGACCCCAAACUCUUCGCUGAGUGGGAGGAAAAUCUGCGUACGAUGAGUGGCCGAAUCGCCGAAAUGCGAAAGGGAUUAAGAGCCGGAUUAGAAGCGCGCAAGACUCCAGGGACGUGGACACAUAUUACGAGUCAGAUUGGAAUGUUUAGCUUUACGGGGUUAAGUGAGGCGCAGGUGCAGAUUUUGAGGGAGAAGUGGCAUAUUUACAUGACAAAGAAUGGACGUAUAUCCAUGGCAGGCCUUAAUACACAUAACAUCGAUUAUGUGGUGGAGGCAUUUGACAGCGCUGUUCGCGAAACGCAGUAA